ACCCAACCAUGGAAUCACUCAUAUUUUUAUAAUUUUUGCAGCAGGUAUAUUUUUGUAAUUUUUUUCUCUCCCCUCCUAAUUCUCCCUAUGCAAAAACAAAACAAAACCUGUUCUCUCUUCAGUCUCAGAGCUCAAACUUGACGACAAUGCCAGAACUUCCAGAGGUAGAAGCAGCUCGAAGAGCCAUCGAAGACCACUGUAUCGGCAAGAAGAUCAAGCGAUCCUUGAUCGCUGACGAUUCCAAGGUCAUCGAUGGAGUCUCGCGUUCUGAUUUCGAAUCCUCUCUCCUCGGCAAGACUAUCGUCGCCGCUCAUCGCAAGGGCAAGAACAUGUGGCUCCAACUCGAUUCCCCUCCUUUUCCUUCUUUCCAGUUCGGAAUGGCUGGGGCUAUAUAUAUUAAGGGAGUUGCAGUUACAAAAUAUAAGAGGUCUGCUGUAAAUGACAGUGAUGAGUGGCCUUCCAAGUAUUCCAAGUUAUUUAUCGAACUAGAUGAUGGGUUGGAGCUGUCAUUCACUGAUAAGAGGAGAUUUGCAAAAGUUCGCUUGCUUGAGAAUCCAGCUUCUGUGCCCCCAAUUUCUGAGCUUGGUCCAGAUGCAUUGUUGGAGCCUAUGACCAUUGAUGAACUUAUCAACUCCUUGAGCAAGAAGAAGAUUGGAAUCAAGGCUCUUUUACUUGAUCAGAGUUUUAUCUCAGGUAUUGGCAAUUGGAUUGCAGAUGAAGUGCUAUACCAAGCAAAAAUUCAUCCGCUGCAAAUUGCCUCCAGCCUUUCCAAAGAAAGCUGCGUAGCAUUGCACAAGUGCAUUAAAGAGGUUAUUCAAUAUGCGGUUGAAGUUGAUGCCGACUGCAGCCGCUUCCCACUCGAAUGGUUGUUUCAUUUUCGGUGGGGGAAAAAGCCUGGACAAGUUAACGGGAAGACAAUUGAGUUUAUUGCUGCUGGUGGCAGGACAACGGCAUAUGUACCAGAGUUACAAAAGCUGAGUGGAUCUCAAGUUGCAAAAGCACAAAUUAAACCGAGAAAGCAAACUGUUAAGAAGGGAAGCAAAGAUGUGGACAUGGAUGGUGAUCUUAGUGCACCAGGAAGUGAGGAUGAGGAAAAUGCUAAAAGUGCAAAAUCAAAGGGAGGGAGGACCAUGAGUGGACGUAAGAAACCGCCUGCAAAAAGAAAGCUAAAUGGAAGCGAUGAAGAUGAUGACGACGACAGCAAUAAUGAUGAUGAUGAUGAUGAUGAUGACGAUGACGACGAUGACACAGAUCAGAAGAAGAAAACUAAAACAGCUAAGAAGCCUCCUGCUAAAACAAAGUCCAAGAAAGCGACGGUUAAGGUGACCAGAAGAAAAAAAUGAGAGGAAGGAAGAAUAAGCCUCCUGUGGUAGAAAGUUCGAAGAAAGUGAUGCGAUGGUGUGAUACGGAUGGUUAAUGAUGAUGACAUAGUUGGACGACAGGAGGAGGAAAUGGGAUAUGAGGGGUAAUGAAGGGAGCGCAAACUAAGGUGGAGACUUCUAAGAAUAGAAGUUGAAACUAGAAGUCAAAAUGGCAAGCAACUAGAGAAGAAAGUGAAAUAGUCUACUUCUUUUCUAUAUUUUGGUAGAAUGGAAGGGAGAGUAUUUGCUAAUCUUGGUUAUAGUUUCAGGUUUUUUUGGGGCAGUAGUACCUUAACCCUACUUUCAGAACCUUUGCCACAGUGCAGAUGACUUUUUUUCAUUGUAUGCUGAACUUGCAUGAUAUCAGCCAUGUUUAUUAUUAUUUUUUUAAUCAUGAAAUUUUGUGUUAUUGUGUUUGGUAUAAUUUCUGCGUAUAACGUGUGAGACUAAAAUAACUCAAAGCUUUUAAAAAAAUAGAUGAUUAUUGGGAAGUA